CUUGAGGAAUGGUACUACGAGAUGCCGCUCGUGACGCGUGUCUACCUGACCGCAUCGAUUGUCACCACCGGCUCUUGCGCGCUUGAGCUCGUCUCUCCCUUUUCGCUGUACUUCAACUUCAAUCUCGUCGUCUUCAAGUUCCAGGCCGCGACCCAACAGGUGUGGCGGCUCUUUACCAACUUCUUCUUCUUUGGUUCGAUCGGUCUCGACUUUCUCUUCCACAUGUUUUUCCUCGUGCGGUACUGCCGCCUGCUUGAGGAGGGCAGCUUCCGCGGCCGCACCGCAGACUUUGUCGCAAUGCUGCUCUUUGGUGCGCACUCCACACUUGGCCCUCGCGCGGUCGACGGGUCCGCCCCCACUACUCGAGAGACACUCGGGCCACUGCUCUGCGCUUGCUCGCCCUUCACCGACGUGCCGCCCUUCCUCGGCUCGGCGCUCGCAUUCAUGAUGGUGUACGUGUGGGGCCGCCGCAACGAGCACGUGCGCAUGUCCUUCCUCGGCCUCUUCCAGUUCCGGGCGCCCUACCUGCCGUGGGUGCUGCUCGGCUUCUCG